CAUGUGGGUGGGACGAUGGGCGCGGCUUGUCGUCUUCUCUGGUGGCCGUUGGGCGCGCGAGGAAUUUCAAACAUUUGGGCAUAAAACGGGUCGAAAUUAUAUUAUUGUAACAAAUGUAAGAAAAAUUCAGUGUGUCUGGGAACUAAGUGAAAUAUAAAAAAGCAGUUUGGUGCUGUGACCGUGUUUUGAGAUGCCCCUGCUCCCCGUGCUCAGCCCCAGUGAAGUCCCCCGAGCCGGUCAGUGAUGCUGCAGGACGAGGUGGAGGCCUCUCUGCGGGCGGAGGUGGCUCGCCUCUCCUCGGAGCUGCAGGAGGCCGAGGAGGAGAAGCAGCAGGCGGCUCGCUAUGGGCUGGCCGUGCUGGAGGAGAGCGGAGCCCUGAAACAGAAAUACACAGACCUGGAAAUGGAGCAUGAGGGACUCAGACUGGAGCUGGAGCACCUGAAAGAGGCACUGGCAGACUCUGUGAGUAAUCACAAGAAGGUGACUGUGGAUGGAGAGAAUCGCGAGGAGUCCCUGCUGAGAGAAACCGCCUCCAGGGAGGCUGCCCUGGAGGAGAGGAUCGAGGAGCUGCAGAACGAACUGAAACAGAGCCGGGCCGCCCAGAACAGCACCCAGUCUGAGAACGAGCGCUGCAGCACGCUCUCCCACCAGCUCAACAAGGAGUGCGAGCGCUUGGAGGCUGAGAGAGGCCAGCUCCAGGAAGACAUUAAAGAGUAUAAGAUUCGAGAACUGAGACAACUCCAGGACAACGCAGAGCUUGAGGAGGAGAACAUCUCCCUGCAGAAGCAGGUCUCAGUGCUGAAAGAGAACCAGGUGGAGUUUGAGGCUGUGAAGCAUGAGCUGAAGCGGCACUCCGAGGAGCUGGAGCUGCUGAAUGCUCAGCUGGAGGAGCAGGCGCGCCUCCGGGAGAUCUCCGAGAGGCAGCUGGAGGAGGCUCUGGAGGAGCUGAAGCAGGAGCGGGAGCAGAAGAACAGCCUGCGCAGGGAGCUCGCCUCCUACAGCCUCAACCCCUUCGACUCGCUCUGCAACCUGCAGCAGCACCUGGAGGAGCUGGGGCUGGACGCGAGCCUGCCGGGGGAGGGGGAGGAGGAGGAGGGGGAGGGCGACAGCGGCUUCAACAAUGGAGCCCUUGUCAACAAGGUCUUCCGCCCCGCCCCCAGCCUAGUCUCGGACCUGCUCAGUGAGCUCAACCUCUCCGAAACGCAGAGACUCAGGCAGCAGCUGCUCCAGACGGAGCGAGAGAAGGCAGGCCUGUCCGGCUUGGUUCAGGAGCUGCAGAGGCAGGUGGAGAACACCAAGGGGGCUCUGGUAGAGCAGCAGGGCAAGACGCACAAACUGGCCGAACAGGUGGAGGCCCUGCAGGGCUGCAAGGCUCUCCUGCUGCAGCAUGGGGAGCAUGGCAAGGAGCACUGCACUGGCUCUGGGGAGAGCGGGCAGGACGAGUACUACGAACUGGACGUCAACCGGGCAGACAUACUGGAGAGCCGCUUCCGAGCCUCCAACGGGGAACUGACACGGCUCAGGAAGGACUUGAAAGAGGCCGGGGCCAAAUACUCCGCCCUGGAGAGCAAAUGCAAGCAGGAGAAGGACCGGUGGAGGGGGGAGGCGCAGGAACUGGCCGAAAAGAUCCGGCAGUGCAUCAAAUCCAGCCGGCAGGACCAGGAACGCAUCUCCGAGCUGGAAAAGGAGAUCGGAGCCACCCGCAAAGUGGCCACCGACUCCGAAGGCAGCCUGAGCAUGGCCCAGGAUGAGCUGGUAGCCUUCUCCGAGGAGCUGGCCUACCUGUACCACCACAUCUGCACGUGCAGCAACGUGACGCCCAACCGCGUCAUGCUGGAUUACUACAGGGAGGGUCGAGGCAGCCGCAACCCGCUCAGGAAACGCAGGUCUUCGGACCUGUACACGAAGAGCCUGUUAAACCUGGACUCCCCCGUCGCGGAAAGUGGGAGCAGCGGCGAGGCCUCGCCAGUAGGGGGCACCCCAAACUCUCCCACCCUGGAUUUCCGGGAUCCCUCCAAUGUGAAGAACUUGAUCGCUGUGGUGCGCAGCCAGAUCAAGCACCUUCAGGUGGCGGUGGAGCUCUCGAGGCGGCGAGGCACCCUGCCUGCCUCCUCCUCCUCCCCCGAGGCAGAACGGGAUGGGGAGGCUCUCCUGGAGGAAGUGCUCAAACUGAAGUCUCAGCUCAGCACCAAGAGGGAGCAGAUCGCCACGCUCAGGACCGUCCUCAAGGCAAACAAGCAGACAGCGGAAGUGACCUUGUCCAAUCUGAAGAGUAAGUACGAGAGUGAGAAGGCGCUGGUUUCGGAGACGAUGGUGAAGCUGCGCAAUGAGCUGAAGGCUCUGAAGGAGGACUCUGCCACCUUCUCCUCGAUGAGGUCCAUGUUUGCCAACAGGUGUGACCAGUAUGUGACUCAGCUGGACCAGAUGCAGAGACAGCUAGCGGCCGCCGAGGACGAAAAGAAGACCCUGAACUCGCUGCUGCGCAUGGCCAUCCAGCAGAAACUGGGCCUGACCCAGAGACUGGAGGAGCUGGAGACCCCUCACCCUGGAGCCAGCCCUCGACGGAGCCGCGGCAAGCCCGUCCGAUCCUCCCGCAGCCCCCGAGCCAGCCCGGUCAGGAGCUACCCGAGCCCCCAAGCCAGCCCGGUCAGGAGUUACCGCAGCCCAGUAAGAUCCAGACUCCCUGCUGCUAAUAGUCCUGCUAGACCCUGCAGCUCCUCAACUGGACACACCGACAGCCCUUCCAGAGCAAGGCCUUUGCCUUUUACAGAAUACCUGUAUCUGUUUAAACAGGACGGUUAGCUUCUCUGGGAGGAAGAAAAAAAGUAAGCCAUCUUAGACACGCUGUUCCCAAUGUGCUGCAGUGUUGGGUAGAUAAGAUUAAAGAAAUGUUUAAAACAAAAAAAAUCAUAGUCUUCCGUCUCCUGGUUCUUCUAAAAUUACAUUACUUCUGGAUUUAUAGCCAGCACUUUUUAUUGAUCUCUCUGUCUUUUUUUUAAAUUUUAAAUAAAAACUUGUUCUGUACAGUUUUUGACCAUGCAGAUAAAGAGGUUUAAAUUUAUAUAACUUAUAACAGAAAACUGACUUGUAUAUAAUAAGGGUGUGACAUUUAUCAAGGGAUCUGGUGAAAUUAAUAUUAGGUUGAGAGGCUAUAUUUGUUACCAAAACCCUUGUAUAAAAGCACACGCUUAGGAAAGUGUGGUGUACGUUUAUUUGGUAUAGUUGAGCUUAGACCAAGUUACACAUUGUGUGUUUUUAUUUAUUUCUCAGUCAGGGAGUGCAGGUACAAACAUUAAGCUAACUAAAUCAUUCAAUAAAUCUUUGUUUCGCACUUUGUUUAGCUACAUUUAGUCUCAAAUGUGCAGUUUUUAUAGCAAACGUGAUAUUUUCUGUUCAGAGCAUGAUGUUACACUAUUUUUUACCAUGUUUCAAAACUGCACGUUCAAGACCUAUAUAUUGAAUGGAAGUGGAUUGGCUUUAUGGAAUUAUUUUGUCACUUUUAAUGUCUGGCAAAACUUGACAGUUAUUUUUUGGUUUCUGAUGAAAUGGGCGUUGUUUAGAUAUAAAUAACUCCUGUAGAUUAAACUGUAUUUGGUUAACCACAUAUUUCUUGCUUUUUCUAGACCGCCGUUGCUUCAGAGAUAUCAGGAUUUUUCACUGUAGAUUUGUGUACGUCAUCUCUGUACAGAAUACUAAUUUUUUUGUAUUUUUUUUUUUCCCCAUUUUUUUUCAGCAAUUUUAAAACAAUUUGAAAAAGAACCUUCCACAGCGUCCCACUGAAGCCGAUUUUAUGUCCCUGGAAUUUCAUUUGGUCAGGCACACUGGCUUCUUUCUUUUUCUAAAAUAACUGGACAAAUUAAUUUGUCCCUCAUUUCCACUGAAAACUUAAUGGCAAAUCCUAACACUGUCCUGGAUGUUGAAUAAACCAAACAAAUGAGGCAUCAGAAAUGGAGAAUUAAAUGAAGGAUUUUGCACUAAAAUUAUGACAAAAAAUAACUUGCUUUUGUUAUGUUUUUCCAAUUUUACAGACGUUUUAAUUGAAGAAUGUAAAUAUUAGUUCCAGUUUAAUAUAUUUUACAGUGAAGGCAAAUCUUUUACUUUUUUAGUGGCUAGCUGUUCUCCUCUGUGGUGUCAGUGCGACCCACACGAUCUGUCAUUGCAUACGUUUGUGAAAUUCCGGAUAGGAAUCUGGUUACAGAAGCACAAGGUGGCUUUUUUUUUUCCCCGCUCACCGUCAUUACCGCGUUUUUGUGAAACUUGCAGCCUCUAAACUUAUUUGGAGGACAGAUAAGUUUGAUUUAACCUUAUUGUGCUUAAUAUUUUAAAACAACGUUCUAAAACCAAAUUUUAAAAUAUCCGCUCUAUAUGAAGAAUGUGUUUAUAAUCUUGUAGUGUUGCAGCAGGAGAAUGUUUCAUUCAUGGGAUUACUUUUCUUCUUAUUAUUAUUGUUUAACUAAGAACUGAAGUAGUAAACUUGACAAAACAAAAUAUAUUUUAGUGUAAGACUGGCCUGGAUUGUGGAACACUGGCAGUUUAAAAUCAUGCCGCAUGCACUCAAACCACUUAAACUGCAACUUUUAUUGUUAAAAAAAUGUAAAUCAAGUUGCAAACUCCGUUGCCUUGGGUAUGUUUUAUAAAUGUACCGCACUGUGGGGGGGGAGUUGAUUAAAACUGACUAAAAAAUUUAAAAAAAAUUCUGUUUUACUUUUCUUUAAAAGCAAAAAAAAAAAUCUUUAAAUGUAUAUUAUAAAAAAAAAAAAAAACAUUGCAGCUUUAACCAUUUUAUUUCCAGGGAGGUACUGGUAAAAUUUGUGAUUUUUUUUUUUUUUUUUUUUUUACAUAGUCUAUAGCUGCACAGAAUUCCUCCAUGUACAUCUCGAGAUGCUGGUGAGUUUUAAACUCCUAGUACUGGCCAUGAAUGACUGCUGAUCUCACAACGUUAUUAAAUUCUCUUUUUUUUUUUUUUUUGGACAACAGGUUUCUGUUUUCUUCCUCACUCAAGAUUUGUCACCAAUUAGUUUUCAUUGCACAGGUGUAUAUAGAGUAUGAAAAUGGUUAUAUUUUACUAUUUUUUACAGUUGUGCUCGAAGGUUGUAUUUUUGUGUUCAUGUUUUGAAAUCUCACUGUUGCCACGUUUUUGUUUCCAUGAGAAUAUUGCCAAUAAACCCCUUCGCUAGUCAA